AUGGCUAAAACUUCUCCACACAAAUUAUUCUACAAAGGUGCUGAAAAUGAUUUUGUCAUUUUCAUUGAUAAUGCUGAUUUGUUGGCCAAAUAUAAGAGGGAAUUUAGUUCCAAGGGAUCAUCCACCAUUCCUAUAAUUGAUUUGGUUUCAAUUUUUAAAGUGUUUAUUAAUAGGCAACGAGGUGCUGAGGGGAUUUUAGAUGAAGCUGCUAAACUGGAUUUGGAAAACGAAUUUAAAACUUCAAACGCAGAUCAAGUUAUCAAGAUAAUUCUUGAAAAAGGUGAAGAUAAAUCCAAUACAGGUGCAAUUGGGGAAAUAGGUGGAUCUCACAACGAUAGUAUAGGUAAUGGAGAUGCUGCUAAUUAA